AUGCAGAAAUAAAAUCUUUAUUUAAACUCUUAAGAAUUGAAAUUUAAUUUAUCACCUGAAGAUGUUUAGGUCAUACUAAAAAAUUAAAAUAAUUCUGAUUAAGAAAAAAGAGCUAUAGGUUGUAUGAUGUGCUCGUACAUCGGUGAUAGCAUAGGUACAGUGACAGAGUUCACGAAAGAUUUAACUGAAGAAUAAAUCUAAAAAGCAAUAAGAAUGGAAGGAGGAGGAAUUCAUAGAGUUAUUGCUGGCUAAGGUACUGAUGAUAGCGAGUUAGCUACCUCUUUAGGAUAUGGUUUAAUUGAAAGCGAUGAAAACUCUAUUGAUCUAAAUUUAAUAACAAAAUACUAUGUUUUGUGGGUUAAAUCUAAGCCUAUUGAUAUUGGAUAAACAACUUCCAAUCCAUUUAAGUUACUUAUUAAUGACUAGUAAAUAAACAUUAAGAUGAACAAAGACUAGGUUUAAGAAAAGGAUCUUUCUAAUAUAGCAAUAUCUUAAGCUUAGAUUGAUAAUCAAAACUCAGAAAGUAAUGGUGGUUGCAUGAGAAUAUGUUCCCUUAUAGUCUAUCUUUCAAAAUUAAAUGACUAGGAAGAGAUAAAAAAAUCAGUAUUUUCAGAGUAGUAAAUCACACACCCUAACAUUAUAUCUUAAUAUUGCACAUACAUUUAUGUCAGAGCAUGCAUCAAUCUUAUACAAAAUGGAGACGCAAAAAAAGCUUUUGAAGAUAUUAACAAUUAUGUAGAAAAUUUCUUAAACAUAGGUGUUAUAUAAUAAUGGUGGAGAGAAAAUGUUUUAAAGGAGAAAUUUAGCGAAACUAAAAUAUAUGAAGUUUGGAUUAAACACUAAUUCAUCAAUGUAUUUAUUAUUUUGAAAAGAAUUGCAGAAGGUAGUGAAUCAAUAGAUAGCGAUUUACUACCAAGAGUAUUAAAAUAAAUAAUUAGACUUCAUGGAGACACUGAUACUGCUGCAUGUAUUGUAGGUGGUAUGAUAGGAUCAUUGGUAGGAUAUUAGAAUAUUCCUUCAAAUUAUGUUAAUAUUUUAGUUUAGUGUGAUCUUUAAAAUGAUCCAAAGCUAAAUCAAAAAAGACCUGCUAUCUAUAAUCCAAGAGCUUGUAUUUAUCUUAGUCAUAAAUUGUAUGAAAAAGCUCCAACUCAGAAAGUUUAAAUUAUUGGAGGCACAAAUGAAUAGAAAACUCAAAUUCCAAUGCUACAAUAGUUCUAUGAUUUUUGA